UUAACAACUCUGGAACAGAUUUACCAGUAAAUGCUUUCUGUUGAAUCUGCCGCUGCAGAGUCAAUGCAGCACCUGAGCAGAGGAGUUCCCAGAGUUCCCGGUGCAGCAGGGGGUCGGUGCUGAGGGUGGAGGAGCUGGUGGAGGGGCUGCAGGAUCGCAGGAGGAGGGCGGAGCAGGCGGUCAGGCUGCAGCUCCAACAGACUGACAGCAACAUCAUGGAGGAGUCGAGAAAGUCCGGAUGUGAAGACCAGAUCCUGGACAAGGACCUGCAGCCUGGACCCACAUCAGACUGCAGCUCUGAACCUGGACCAGAGGAGACCACAGACCUGCAGACUAGAUCCACAUCAGUGCUGAAGCCUGAAUCUGCAUCAGCUGUACAAUCCGGAUCCAGACCAGAGGAGACCAGAAUCUUCAUGUCUGGAUCCAGAUCAGAUCUUAAGUCUGGAUCGAAACCAGAGGUGCCCAAAAAACUGCAAACUGGACUCACAUUAAACCUGCAGACUGGUUCUGGAUCCAAUUUGGAGUCCGUUUCUAAAACAGAACAGAACACAGGCCUGCAGACCAGAUCCAGAUCAGAUUUGAGGUCUGGAUCUAAACAGGAGGUACUCCAAAACCUGCAAACUGGACUCACAAUAAACCUGGAGACUGGUUCUGGAUCUGACCUGAAGCCAGAUUCUAAACCAGCAAAGACCAAGGACCUGCAGACCGGAUCUAGAUCAGAUUUGAGGUCUGGAUCUAAACCAGAGGUGAAAAACUUGCAGUCUGGCUCAAGUUCAGAUCGGACGACAGGACUGAGAUCAGACCUGGAGCCUGAACCUGGAACCUCUGUACAGUCUGGAUCCAGAUCAAAGGAGUCCAGAUCUAAACCAGACCUGCAGACUGAUUCCAGAUCAGAUUUGAAGACGGGAUCUAAACCAGAGGCGUCCAAAAACCUGCAGUCUGGACUCACAUUAAACCUGAUUACUGGUUCUGGAUCUGAUCUGGAGUCAGAUUCUAAACCAGCAAAGACCAAGGACCUGCAGACUGGAUCCAGGUCAGACAAAAAGCUGGAAUUGAGAUCAGACCUGCAGCCAGGAUCUGGAUCAAAUCUCAAGUUAGAGUCUAAACCGGAGGAGACCAGAAACCUGCACUCUGGAUCCAGAUCAGACCAGAUGAGUGGUUUCAGACCAGAACUCGCAUCACUUUCUAAACCAGAGCAAAGCAGAGGCCUGCAGACCGGAUCAUAUGUGAAGCUUGAAUCUAGAUCAGACCUGCAGACUGGAUCCAGGUCAGAGGAGACCAGAACCUUGAAGUCAGGAUCCAGAUCAGACCAGAUGACUGGUUUCAGAUCAGAACUCGAGUCAGUUUCUAAACCAGAGCGGAGCAGACUCCUGCAGACUGGAUCUGGACCAGAUUUACAGAUUGGAUCCAGAUCAGAGGAGUCUGGAUCUAAACCAGACCUGCAGACUGGAUCCAGAUCAGAUUUGAAGACGAGAUUUAAAACAGAGGCGCCUAAAAACCUGCAGUCUGGGUCCAGAUCAGACCUGCAGCCUGAAUCUGGAUCAUCUACACAAUCUGAAUCCAGAUCAGAGGAGUCUGGACCUAAACUAGACCUUCAGACUGGAUGUGGAUCAGAUUUGAAGUCUGGAUCUAAACCAGAGACACCCCAAAACCUGCAGACUGGACUCACAUCAAACCUAAUGACUGGUUCUGUAUCUGAUCUGGAGUCAGUGUCUAAACCAGAACAUAGCAGAGACCUGCAGGCCAGAUCGGAUGUGAAGCCUGAAUCUAGGUCAGACCUGCAGACUGGAUCCAGCGGGCAGGAGGCUCUGCUGCAGAGCAUGCUUGGAAAAGAGAGGGAAGACAGCCCCGCCCACCAGAGUCUCCUGACCAAUCAGAAGCUGCAGCUGCUGUCGUCAUGUCAACGCCUCCUAGAGAAGGUGUGUGUGUGUGUGCAGCAGGGCAGCAGUGUGUCUGACAGCUGUGAAGCAGGACAGACGCUUGCUGAGGCCGAGGACACUCUGAACACACACCUGCAGCUGCGUGCACAGGCUGAGGCUGCAGAUCUGGAUGCAGAGAAGAUGAAACAGAUCCUAGAUCAGCUCAGAGCUCUGCAGACCGGUGGAACCAGUAGGAGCAGUCCUCAGCCUCCCAGUGCUCCCAGCACUCAGCUGUCCCCUCUGAAGGCUCUGACCGAGCAGCUGAAGAGACGCAGCCUGGGGGGACACAUCAGAACCAGCUCUGCUCCUCCUGCAGACCUGACGGACUCAGCUGGACUGGCGGGUCACGUGGACCUGGUCCUGAAGGACCUGCAGAGUCUCAACAGGAGGAUGGAUCUGAACCUGCAGCUGCUGAGACCCUACGUGUACUUCCUGAGGACGGCCCGGCAGGUGGAGGAGGAGCUGGAGGGGCUGAGGGAGAUUUACAGGAGGAGACCAGAGGAGCAGCAGGAGGAGGCUGGUGGCUCUGGGUCUCCUCUCAAGAAGAAGCAGCAGAGUCUGGGUGACGUCUGCUGGCAGGAAACUCUGCAGGGGUUCAUCACCUGUCAGGACCAGGGGAACAACCUCCUACAUGCUGUUACCACGGUGUGUGCAGCAUCGUUGAACCUGCAGCAGGUAGAGCUGGUGGUGCAGCAGACACUGGAGCGACUCAGCAGAACCAAACAGGACGUGAACGAGCUGCUGAGUCAGCACAAAACAAAACUUCAGCAGCAGCAGGAGUCCUGUAGGAAGUACACAGAGAAACUACACAAGACUCUGCAGGACCUGCAUGGAGUCUCUGACAUGUUGGACUUGUGCACUCUGAUGGACCUGGGCUCAGAUCAGCAGACCUGCAGAAUGCUGCAGUGCUUCAGUGAGGCCAGACCACACUUCACACGGCUGGACGCUGAGGUGGAGUUCAUGGUGAAGAGCUGGGAGACUAUGAGAGGAGUCCAGGAGGAGGUGCCGGGAGGAGCAGUGAAGGAGGAGGUGAAAGGAGGAGCAGUGACGGGAGGAGCAGUGAAGGAGGAGGUGAAAGGAGGAGCAGUGAGGGAGGAGCAGCUGUCGGAGCUGCUGGAGCUCCAGCGGCUCGUGCAGAAGAAGAAGGAGCAGAGCGAGUGGAUCCUGCAGCUGAGCAGCAGCUUCCAGCUCGCAGCAGCGCAGUUGGAGGCGCUGCUCCAGUCAGACCCUGGGAGCCCUCUGACUGGUUCUACUGGUUUCUGUGGGUCCAGUGAGGCUGAGCUGAGUCAGCAGAUCCAGACUCUGUUUAAAACGGCUUCGACAGUGAAGACGGAGAUCUGCUCGGCCCUCAGACUCUGGUGGACGCGUUUCAGAGUGGAGCAGCUGGACGCCCGUCUCCUGUCUCUGGACUCCCUUUGUGUCUCAUGGCUGGACGAAGCCGCUCAACGAGGACAGACGCUGACCCGCCUCCUCCAUGAUGACAUCAUCCAGCUUCGUGACUCCUUUAAGGAGCUGAAGAAACGCUUCAGCAACCUGCGGUUCAACUACCUGAAGAGAAACGACCGCACGAGGAACACGAAGGCCGUCAGGAACCAGCUGCAGCAGGUAGAGCUGUACGACGACAAGCUGCAGGCGCUCAGGAAACGUCUGCAGGGAGUGACGGCUCGGCUGGGGUCAGAGGCCAAGGAUGGGGGCGUGGCCAGGGAGGCGGAAGACGCCGUCAAUGAGCUGCAGAGACAGAUGGGGGAGUUUGAACGAAGUGUUGGCGAGCACCAGAAAAACCUGGAGAUGACGUGCAGACUGCAGGAGGCCAUGGAGGAGUAUCAGUUCUGGUGCGAGGACGCCAGCGCCACCAUCGCUCGCGUCGGAAAGUUUUCCUCCGAGUGUCGCAGCACAGAAGCCGUCUCCGUCCUGCACCGGCAGUUUGAGAAGUUCGUGUGGCCGACGGUUCCUCAGCAGGAGGAGAGGAUCAGUCAGAUCACCGAGCUCGCCGUCAGGCUGCACGGGGCGGAGGAGGGGCGGCGGUACAUUGAGAAGACGGUCAGUAAACACUCGGAGAUGGUGAAGUCCAUCCGAGCGCUGAGUGACGGGCUGAAGGAGCUGGAAGCCAAACUGAAGGUGGAGAGUCCGAAACAGAAGCAGGAUGACAGAGAGAAAGAGGUAAAGGAAGAGAAAGAUGCAGAGAAAGAGAAGGAAUCGAAGGAAAACAGGAGGAUGAAGAAGAAGGAGACAGAUAACCGCAGAACACAGGAAGCGUCUGACAUGUACGAGCUGAAGGAAACAGGCCACACCCCUGAACUGACCGCCGAGCAUGAUGGGAAAGAGGCGUUGGUGAAGAGGCAGACUGCAGCCAAUAGGAAGCCUCCGUUACAGAAGAGUCGCAGUCAGGAGGCGGCUGAGAGCAGACCACAGCUCCCCUCCUCCUACUGCUCCACUCACACCUUCAGCCUCUCCCGCUCCCCAGCGGAGGCCAACCGAAGGGUCCGCGCCAUACACGGCCAAUCACAACCAGCUGCCACUGAGGCCACGCCCCCUCCAUCUGUGAUUGGCCCGUCAUUCUCUGACAUUCAGAGGGAGUUUCAGAGGAAGGAGUCACGGGCCGCUUCAAACAUGAUGCCGCUUCAGGAUGCACCAGUAGGAGGCCUGUUGGAGGUGGACUUGCAGCAACAGGAAGUGAUGACUGAAGAUUCUCUCUCCAAUGACGAAUACGAUUGUGUGUCACCUGACGACAUUUCCCUGCCGCCACUGGCAGAGACGCCAGAGUCCAACAUGGUUCAGUCAGACUUUGAGGAGGGCUUCUGUUUCAGCUCCCACAGCGUCCACAUCGGCCAACACAGCUACCAGUCAGAGCACACUGGUUCUGCUACAAGUGCAGUCCGACAACAGAGAGCGUCCAGCCAGGCCGAGAGUUGUCCAACUCCUCCAAUCAACUGCCACAGCAGCACCAGGAUCAGAUCAGAGUCCGGUUCAUUUGUCCAGAGUCCACUGACAGUUCCUCCACCAAGCUUUUUCACCAGUACUCUGAGCAGCAUCCUGAAGACUGGAAAGACCAGCUCAGCCAGCGCCUCCCAGACUGUUGACCUCUCCCUGGGUGGCCCUGAACAGAGCUUCCCCUCCGGCAACACUCCAGAUGGCUACUCCAUCAAGGACAGCGAGAAAAGGACCCCCCCACAAACUGAUCCCUUGUUAAAGGAGCAUAACAGUCAGAUUAAUCAGCCUCAGAGGAGUGCUGGUACUCAGGGUAAGAUCGCCGAAAAUGUUGCAUCCAAAAGUGAGACCUUUCUACAACCUGAUCCCAUUCUCCAGUCUGCAGAGCUCAAUCACAUUACCACACUAUCUCAAUCCACCAAUGGUCCUCAGCCCUUCAGUGGUCCUGACCCUCCUUUCCACAAGGACAAGACCCCACCACAGGAUACUGAGUCCCUCAAGUUUAAUACUUCCAUUUGUCAGGAGAACAGUUUUCCACAGUCCUUCCCAGACUCAAAGAGUGGUACAUAUCAGAACAUAAAUCCCUUCCAAACUAGGACGGAUACAUCUCCACUCUCCAAACCUCAAAAUGUCAGUCUGACCAACACCAGCACCAGUACAUUUACCCAGCAGACCAUUUACUUCCAGUCCUCAUCUCCUGAAAGACAUUACACCUUUCCACAGGCUAGCACCAGUCACUUAUCCCAGAGCUUGCCUCAUAUUGAUCCAGUCCACCAGGCCAAAGGGUUUGCUCAGAACUUCAUAGACUCUAUUCUCGACAAAGACAAGACUCUGGACACUGGGCUCCUCAAAUCCUGUACAACUUCCCUCCAAACAACCACAACCUUUCCCAAAGACAGCAAUCUUUCACUGCCUUACCCAAAUUCCAGGAGUGACCUUGAUCAGAAGGUACCUUCCUCCCAAAUCAGCAAAGAAACAUCCUCACUUUCCAGGCCCCAAAGUAGCAUCUUUACCACAGCCACUGCUGUCCCCCAACAGAUCUCUUACUGCCAGUCCUUACCAUCAGAAAGUCACUGCACCUUGCCACAGGCUACCAGCAGCACCCUAUCACAGAGUAAGAGCUUGCCAAAGAUUGAUCCGGUCCCCAAGGCCAAAGGGUUCACUCAGAACCUCGCAGACUCUGAUCUCCACAAUAACACGACUCUGGACACUGGGUUCCUCAAAUCCUAUACAACUUCCCUCCAAACCACCACAACCCUCCCUCAAGACAACAAUCCUUCACAGCCUAACCCAGAUUCCAGGAGCGGCCUUGAGCAGGAUGUACCUUCUUUGCAAAUCAGCAUAGGAACAUCCUCAGUUUCCAGGCCCCAAAGCAGCAGCUUCACAACAGCCUCUGCGGUCAACCAACAAACUGAUUACUGCCAGUCCUCCCCUCCAGAAAGCCAUCACACCUUACCACAGAUAAGCAGCAGCCCCUCAUCCCAGAGUAAGACCUUGCCACAGAUUGAUCCGAUCCACCAGGCCAAAGGAUCGGCCCAGAACCUCACAGACUAUGUUCUCCACAAAGACAAGAGUCUGGAUACUGGGCUCCUUAAAUCCUGUGCAAUUUCCCUCCAAACUACCUCAACCCUCCUCCAUGACAGCAAUCUUUCACAGCCUUACCCUAAUUCCAGGAGUGGCCUUGAUCAGGAUGUACCUUUCUCCCAAAUCAACAAAGAAACAUGUUGGGGCCAAACUGGCCCAUGUUUGGGGCCAGUUUCCAGGCCCCAAAGCAGCAGCUUCACCACAGCUACUGCUGUCAAACAAACUGAUUAUUGCCAGUCCUCCUCUCCAUACAGUUCUUGCACCUUCCCACAAGCUAGCAGCAAUCUCAGACCCCAGCAAGUAAGCCCCUUCCUUCAGGGUAGUGGAGGUCUACCUGAGGUCAAUGCCCCCAUUUCUCUGAAUCCAAACGUCAUCAGCGACAUCAGUAUAUCCAGCGGCACCGUCACCAGCAGUAAUAGAUUCAGCAGCAAUCAGAGCCACCAGACAAUCUACUCCCUCCACAAAUCCUUGACCUCAACCCAUACCCAGCAGUGUGUGUAUGACCCUGGCAUGACCCCUGGCAGCACUGCCAAGCCUGCUGCUCCUCCUCAGCCAGAACCACAGACCCAAGCUUUGGCUCAACAGGCUAACCUGCAUGUCACACCCCCUUCCUCUCCACCCCAUCUACUAACUCCAGACCAAGACCCAAACAUUUGUCAGCCCGUGGCUAUCCGUGAGGAGAUCAGACUUACUCCUCAGAUCCAAGGGCCUUCCCUACCUGCUCCUCUUCCUCCUCCUCAUCUUCCCCAGGCCCAGUCAGAGUCUCUUCCCCAGGGAAAAGCCUCUAAACCUGGACCUCCCUGCUUCACCAGGCCCCUGUCCAGAGCUACUGUCAUGGAGGGCUCUCCAGUGACGUUAGAGGUGGAGGUGACGACACAUCCAGAGCCCACGCUCUCCUGGUGGGUAGCAUAUAACCAGCUCCACAAUAACACACAAGCGUCAUGAGAUCAUUCACUACACAUCUUACCCUGAUGCUCCCUUAACACCUGCAGUAACAUGUGCUUGACCUUGAUCUUUAGGUUCUUCUUCUUUUCUUUGCAUUAAAGUGGAAUACAUGAUUAAGAACAGUCUCUGCUGGGCUCGUAAACCAGUUUUGUUUAAUGCACUUUCACUUUCAUGCUACCUGCCGUGCAUUAAACCUGCUCUGCAUGUAGUGUCCCCAUGAUGGUUUGUACCCACCUUGGGGACAGCCUGAGUGACAGAGCUGAUCAACCAGGACUCAUGCUAAUGCAGGUGUAAGGGGGUUCUCCUGGUGUUAUCCACAUGGUGAUACAUGGAGGUUCUGUAUGUAACUUUAAGAACAUUUUUAUUAGUGAACUGUGGUCAGCACCUGGGUGGCUGUGGCUUAGGUGGUAGAGCAGGAAAGUUGGCAAUUUUGUAACGACGUAACAUAAUGGGCAACAGGGUCACCUUAAGCCGGGUGGGAGGGGUAGUGGAUGGAUCCAACAAACUUUGGACUUUAAUGCAGGACUCUGGGGUUCACUUCCCAUCAAUGUGACCUGUUAUAAUGUGCCUCCUUCCCCUGAACCUAACCGUCCAUGUGUGUUUCUUUGAUGACCCGGCGUUGGUUGUCAUGUGCUUUUGUUGCCUAAACAUAACCACGUGCAGUGUCAUCCCAACAUGUGAUUGUGUUGACAUCACCGUAGCUGCAUCCUGGAACGUCAACAGCAGACGCAGAAGGAUACGCAGAGCAUAUUAUGUAGACCCAGAAGGAUUCCUAGCGCAUAAUAUGUAAUAAUAUGUAGACACAGGAUAACUAGAGAUAUGUAGACGCAUGUGACAACUUUGGAUCAGAACGCGUUGGGUUUUUCUGAGUCCUUUGCACGCAAAUCAGUCCACAGGCUGUUAGAGGCAACAUGAAAGUUGGACGGUCUCAGCUCUUAAUUUAUCAGAAUCAGAAUCAGAAUCAGAAAAAGAUUUAUUGCCAGGUAUAGUUAACACAAUACGAGGAAU